AUGGUCUAUUUUGUCGGAGAGCUUCUUGGGAAGGGCUCCUACGGGAAUGUUCAUGCCGGUCGGAACGAGCUCACUGGUUUUGAGGUUGCCCUCAAAUUCAUUGAUAAAUCAGCCGUACUAAAGAAACCAUCACACUAUGAACGUCUUAGGAGGGAGGUACGAAUUCUCAGACUAAUCAAGGAGAAAUCUCCCUUUCUUUUGUCUUUGCAUGCCGUUCAUGAGACACCAACACAUUUGAUCAUUGUGACAGAGCUUCUUAAGGGGGGCGAAUUGAUUUCUCCAAUCAAAGAGGGCUCUUUCAAGGAGGAGACCUUUGCUCGUGAAAUAUUUGGCCAGCUUGUUUCGGCCGUCCAUCUCUUGCAUGAGCAUGGAAUUAUUCAUCGGGACAUCAAGCCUCAGAAUGUUCUCCUUUCGGCAGAUAAAAAGAGACUAAAAUUGGUUGACUUUGGAUUUGCCACCAUUUGGAGCCAGGAUGAACGCCAGCGGUCUUUUUGCGGUUCGCCCUACUAUGCAUCUCCAGAAAUGGUAAACGGAAUUCCUUAUAAGGGUCCAGAAGUUGAUAUUUGGUCGCUUGGUGUGAUCCUGUAUUCAAUGAUCUCUGGGGGCCGCCUACCCUUUGUAGACAAUACACUCAAGGGUCUAUAUGCCAGAAUUGCAACGGGCCGAGCUGACCCUCUACCUGGAAUCUCACUAGCCCUGGGCGACUUGAUUUCUUGUAUGCUUUCGCCCGAUCCAUCUACCCGAGCCACAAUCACCCAAGUUAUGAUGCACCCAUGGCUUUCUUUGCAGGAUCAGCAAGUUAGUGAUCCGCUUCGGAUCAUCCCUCAAUUCCCACUUUCUCUAAAAAUUCUUACACAUGUGGCGCUUCUUCUUCAGCCCGCUCAAGCAGAAGCGCACCUUGGAAGGCCUAGCCCCGCAAAACUAGCAUGGCUUGCUCGACAUAUUCAGGAAAAGCCGUUUGGACAUGCCGCCAAGCUCUACCUUUUGCUUGGACAUCGAGAAACUGAUGGCACCAAGAUGCCUGACAUUGCUGUUUGCUCAACACCCUCUUCAUCUUCAUCAGCUUCUCUUUCUUGCCAUCAACAGGAAAAGAAGGGAAUUAUGCGGUUUUUGGCCGAGCGAUUCGGAAUCAUGUCUUCACAUUUCCAGUAUCGACGGAAGUAUCACAAUUCCCAUGGCUCAAAACCCUAUUCUCAGGUGCUACCCUUAGGUAGUGACGGGACAAAUUGCAAAGGUGCUCUUGGGGGACAUUUCGUAAUGUUACCGGAGGAGCUCGAGCCCCUACCAAUGCCCCAACCCCCGGCUAUCAAUAGUAUUUUGCCAAUCCCAAUGCCCACCUCCUCCCUUGUCAGUCGUAUUGUUUGA